AGCUCGUCUCCAUACCAUAGUCCUGUUUGAUUGGUCAUCUCGUGGACCAUGCCUGAGUUGAUUUACUCAAGGUCACUUACGUAUACAGCGUACACGAGCAAGCCCGGGCUGAGCGACCAUGAAUUAAGCCCUCAUUUCAGACCAGUUUGAAAAUUUUCCAGCGAUAGUUCACAACCAGCCAUGAACACGGUCGAGUUUUUGUUCGUACUUCUGGUGUGUGCCCUCGCUGCUUUUGUUGGGUAUCAGGUUCAACUGUCAUCCAAAAAACCAGAAUUAAGUACUCGAGUUAUCCGGGAUAUGGUAGCCGAAAAAGAAUUGGUGGAACAUUCGAAAGAAUUCCAGAAAAAGGAAAUACGGAAGGUUUCGGACAACAUCUACAUGGGCAUUGGCUAUGCUUUGGGUAAUGCCAUCAUGGUCAUUGCUCCGGACGGCCUCAUCAUUGUUGACGUCACAGAAAGCAGUAUGGCGGCAAAAGAAAUUCUAGCAGAGUUCCGAAAAAUCACACAGAAACCCAUCAAAGCUAUCAUUUACACUCACCAUCACACAGAUCAUAUCGGGGGAGUGGGAGGUUUUAUUGAAGAUCCCUCCAACUUACCGGAUAUUUGGGCUCACGAACAACUUCCGCUGGAAAUACGAAAGUUUCAUACAACCGCCUAUGGAGCAAAAUUUAAGCGUUCAAUGCGGCAGUUUGGGGUGUUUGUGACAAAGGAUAAAUUUCAGAACGCCGGAAUUGGAAUCCAGUUGAAUUAUGGCAAAGCAAAAGACUCUAUGGGCUUCAUUCUUCCAAAUAAACUUCUCGAGGAAAUGGAAUUAGAUACAAACAUAGCAGGGUUAGACGUCCGGCUCAUGAAAAUUCCCGGGGAAACAAGUGAUCAAAUCGGUCUAUGGGUCCCAUCUUACAAGGCGUUUAUGUGUGCAGAUGAUAUAUACCGAGCAUUUCCGAACAUCUAUACCAUUCGGGGCGCCCCAGCCAGGGACCCUGUCGCCUGGUACACGUCUUUACAAAGAAUGUUGGAUUUGAAACCAGAAUAUCUUGUACCCAGUCACACCCAGCCAAUUAUAGGCAAAGAAAAUGUACAGAAAGUCCUCGAGGUGUACAGAGAUGGUAUUCAGUUUGUUCAUGAUCAAGCCAUUCGGUUUAUCAACAAAGGUUAUUCUCCAGAUGAUGUAGUCAAACACGUGAUCAUGCCUGAUAAACUUCGUCUGCAUUCUCACUUAAGAGAAUUUUAUGGCACAGUCCCAUGGUCAGUUAAAGGUGUAUUUCAACUGUAUCUUGGUUGGUUUAGUGGCGAUCCAGUUGACCUAUUUCCGUUAUCCAACUCGGAUAAAGCUAGCCGUAUAGUGGCGCUUGCAGGCGGUGUAUCUGAAGUGUUGAGUGCGGCAAUCAAGGCUUGGAAUGACAACGAUAUACAAUGGGCCCUUGAGUUAGCUUCAUACGUUUUGGUGGUUGAUGACAGGAAUGCAGAGGCCAGAAAACUAAAGGUGGAUUGUCUCACACUCCUAGGAAUGCGGAACAUUAAUGCUAUUGCAAGCAACUACUACAUUACCAGUGCUCUGGAAACUUCAGGCGCAUUGCAUCUAGAAAUCGACGAUAAACACAGAGCGGAGAUUAUACAGGCACUCGGAGCGCGAGAGUUAUUCGAACUGGUGACAACUAUGUACAAAUACGAAGAAUGCGGAGGUCGUUCCGAUGUAGUGGUGUUCGAAAUCACUGAUAAGAAGGAACUGUACACUAUACAGCUGCGAAACUUUGUAGCCAUCAUGAGAGCCGACAUCAGACCGGAACAAUAUGAUCUCCGCGUGAGUACCACAGAACAAGCAGUGAAGACAAUGAUGGCGGAGAGGAUUGUAAAUGUACGCUUGCGAGAUCUGAAGGAUUUCAAACUUGAGGGUAGCGAAGAAAAAUUCAGAAGUUUCAUGGCUUGUUUUGAAUCCGAUUGGAAUAAAUGAAAAACUUAGUUUCUUGACGAACAUAAAUGAAUUUAUCAUCAUUUAUCAUCAUCAUAUAUUCAUUAAUGUAUGCAAUUAAAGCAAGCUCUCUCUCUCUCUCUCUCUCUCUCUCUCUCUCUCUCUCUCUCUCUCUCUCUCUCUCAUGUUGACAUAAAAAUAAAACUUUAAAAAAUGAAUAAACAUUAUGAUAAUUGUU